AUGAAUUCCUACCGGAUGCUGAGGACUCCGGCAGGACAACACGUCAAGGGAAGUGAUCCGCUGAGGUUCCCACGGCGACAGCGUUACCAGCAACCUCACAUCAUCGCAUCGGGCUACACUCAAGCUGUGGCUCGUCGCAACGAGCGCGAACGCAACAGAGUGAGGCUGGUCAACAUGGGCUUUGCUGCUCUGAGGCAACACGUUCCCAACUUCACACAGAACAAGAAGAUGAGCAAAGUAGACACGCUGCGAUCCGCCGUCGACUACAUCAAGUCUCUUCAAGACCUCCUCGAUCAUGGAAGUCAACGUCAGCGUUCAGAGAGGAUGGUCGACCACGACGAGGACGACUCGUCAGCCUUUAACAGCGCUGAAGAUCGUCAGCAACUUCUCAAGGAGACAGAGAGUUUCUACCUGGCAUGUGACGCAGACAGCUUGCUUUCACCGCCCGAUGAACAGCCGACCAUGUCUACGCAGGCGUCUGCGAACCAGCUGGACUGUUAUUGCGGGACGGACGAUUCUCAACUCAUGGAGUUCUGCCAGCCGUGGCUUGUGUAG